CACUGUUGAAGAAAAGACAAGUCUAAUCUACUAAUUUCUCAUAAUCAUAACUACUUUGAAUUCCUUCUGUUAUGGUGGCAGCAACACUGUAGUGUCGUCUGUAGUACCGUUGAACGAAGUAAGGCCAUUAAGAAAAAUUGUUCCUACUUUGAAGUAAUUUACUGUCGGCUUUCACGGCGGUGAGAAUGAAGAUAGCUUUCUUCUGUGUUGUAGCGCCAUGUAGUCUGGUAGAAUUUAACAACGUUUCAGAGGCCCUUUCUGCCUUCAUCAUCAGGGCAAUUUGCGUGGAAUCGGUUUGAGCAGUGAAGUUAGGAUCGUGUGAGGGCGUGGUAGCGAGGAGCGUGUCUUAUCAACCUGUUGAUGGAGCAGCAAGGGCCUCUGAAACGUUGGUAAACUUCUACCAGAUUAAACGAUGCUACAUCACGGAAGAUAGCCACCUACACCAUUGCUCAUGACCUGCGCGUUCGUAUUGGUUUUUACAUUGAUGCUCAAAUCGUGAGGUGGAACAAUGAGGUGAAUUAUGAAGCAGUUCGGAUUGGUGAAAGAAAUCUCUGUUGAUAUCCGUCUGUAUGCUGGUAACAGACAGUUGUUAGAUACAUGAAAUUUAGGAUUUGAGGUUUUCACGGCGGUACUCGCUGUCCUGCUCUGUAUGUUUGAGAUGUAGAAUAUUAACGUGCCACAACUAACACUUACAAGCAUGGUGGCAACUUUAUAAAGUGAAAACAGUUGAACGUUCUGUUUACAUACAAAGUUUUAUUAACCUGUGCCUGUGUUUGAUUGUGUUCACGUAGUUCCUAGUUAAACGAAAGUCAUGCCGGAAACAAAACGUGAGAAUGUUUUAUUGUUUGCCACAGUAUCAGUCAUACUGGCAGUUGGAGCUUUCAUUUUCUGGGGACCUUUGUUUCAUCAGAAGCGUAGGGGUAAGGUUCUUGGCCUUGUGAAUCUUGGUUACACGUGUUUUCUGAACACAUUGCUACAGGCAUUGGCAUCUUGCCCUGUUGUUUUGGACUGGCUGUCAAAACAUCAAAAUAGUGCCAAUAAGAAAAGCUUCAUUGCAGCAUUGCAGAACACUCUCCAAGUAUUGAAUGGAAAGGAGGGAAGUGAAGAUCCAUACACUCCGUCAAAGUUGAUCCAAUCGCUACAUGGCCAUGGAUGGAUUAUAUCACCUGGGGAACAAGAUGCACAUGAAUUAUUCCUUGUUAUUGUUACAACAUUGGAAGAAGAGGUACAACAGAAACUUCCAAAGGUGUGUUCAUUGUCUGCUGCUGUUGAGGACGGCCUGAGGGAAAUUCAGCAGCAUGGGCUGCAGGCCACAUUGCUCAGUCCCAAGCCUAGCAGCUGGUGGCAGGAAGCCAAAUUAAAAGGCCCACUCCCUUUCCAGGGCCUCUUUGCAAGUCAGUUGCAGUGUAUGAGCUGUAAAUACAAGUCUGCAGUCCACUAUGCCACAUUCUACAGCUUGUCACUUGUACUUCCACCAAGAUUAUCUGUUCUUGGAACUAUGGAUGAGUUUUAUACACUGCAAGAACUAAUUGGACAUUAUGUGACCAGUCGAGUGGUGAAUGAUGUUACGUGUGAUGGCUGUGGAUGUCGUGACACUGCGCAGGUGAAGAGCCUCAACUUUGGCAAGCUGCCAAGAUGUCUCUGUAUUCACAUUGCACGGACCAUCUGGGAAGGAGAACCGCUGAAGCGGGAUGAUCACAUCAGAUUUCCUGAGAUACUUGUCAUGGAUCCGUACACAUACAAUUAUAUUCAACAGACACAACUAUCAAACAGUAAACUGCAAGUAGGUGACCAGUCAUGCACCAACGGGUUGAUUAAUUCAUCUUCACUAACAAGGAAGAGAUUCAGACAUCUCUACCAACUUACAGCUGUAGUGGUCCAUAAAGGUAGUUUGUUUUAUGGACAUUUUAUUACAUAUAGGAGAGGAGUCGGCAAGUAUUACAACAGUUGGUUUUACACGUCGGAUGCAGAAGUACGUGAAACGACACUACAUGAAGUAAUGCAGGCAAGUGCCUAUAUGUUGUUCUACACAAAAUUUACCAGUUCUGCAUCUCAUUCUGUACAUUAGUACAUUGUUGCAUUUUGUGAUGCACAUUAUGUAAGUAAUUUUGGGACAGUAUUGACUUGGUAAAUGUUCAUGUUUGCAAAUUGUCUUGUAACACCAGGUGCAACAACAUUCUUGUCAGUCAUACUGAAGAGCAGUGAGUUGUUUCUUUUGAAUUUCUGCAAAAUAUCUUUAUGCCAGUGUUCAUAAUAAAGAGUCAUGAUGCUAAUCAAAAUUUGAAAAUACUUAUAUACUGUGAUAAUUCCACACUUAGUUUAUGUAAUCUGUUUUUAAUGUUUUAAUGCUAGUAUUAUUUACCUGUUUUAAUAAAUUUGUUUUUAUGCAG